GAUAGGAUGUUCCCGUAAAACGUUAUUUUCGUCUCAAUCUCGAAAAGUUCGAUCUUAGGACACGUGGUUGCCGAUAUUUGAAUUAGUUUUUAUAUUAUUAACGGUGAAACUUCUGCACGUGUUUAUCUGUGUUUAAAAUGUUACUAGUUUUAUUUUAUUUGAAUUAAUGUGAGUGUAUUAGUUAGUUAUAGUUAAUCAACGUAUAGUCAGACAGUAUGUUCAAAUCCACAUCGCUAUGAAGAUUCGCUAUCUACGAUGAAAAUGGUUAAACUGUUUAGAAAUUAAGAAUGGUUGAACUAGUUUUUAUGUCGAAUCAAGUUCUUUGACACGAUGUGUAAGGGAGUGAAGAAUGUCAGUUGGGAGACAGAGACUUUGAUGGGCAGUGCUCCUCCUCCUUCGAAAUGGGAAAGAUAUUUCCCCAAAGCGGCCCUCUCUCAUGUCGGAUUGUUCGUCGCCCUCAUGCUAUACACAGCUGGCGGCGGAUUGGUAUUUAGAGCAUUAGAGUAUCCAGCAGAAAUGGCAAAGCAAGAAUAUGUUCGAGACCGCUUACUCACUGAACGCUGGAAUUUAAUACGAGUGGUAUCCGAUUACAAUUUUAAUGGCACUGAAGUUGUGAGCAUGGAGAAACUGCUGAGCGCUCAACUAUCAAUUUACGAAAAAGUUUUAGAAGAAGCAUCUGGUAGCGGAUUGGCUUUAGAAAUAGAAAGAAAUUUUCCACCUUUAGAGGAGAAAUGGAGUAUACUACAAGCAGUUUUCUUUUCUUCCACUGUGCUCACUACAAUAGGAUACGGAAACAUCGUGCCUGAAACUUUUUGGGGAAGGUUAUUUUGUAUUAUAUACGCACUGGUUGGGAUACCGUUGACGCUCACAGUGAUUGCGGAUUUGGGAAGAGUGUUUGCAACAUUUGUGUCCGUGAUAGCUAAACAAUUACCCGAGAUGCCAAAAUGGUGUAAUCGGGUAUCAGAAGCAAAUCCAGCUGGUCAACGCUCAUUGUACGCAUUUUGGGCUGUGGGGUUUUUAUUCGUAUAUCUAUCCGCUGGUGCUGGCUUAUUUAAAAUGUGGGAAGACGAUUGGACAUUUUACGAUGGAUUUUACUUUUGCUUUAUUACUAUGACAACUAUUGGAUUCGGUGACCUUGUGCCAAAGAGACCGAAGUACAUGCUACUAUGUACGUUGUAUAUACUAAUCGGUUUGGCGCUCACGUCUACUAUUAUUGAGCUAGUUCGUAGACAAUACGCUCGUUCUUGGCAACAAUUGCGAGCGCUCUCAGGUCCACUGGCAGACACAUUAAGGAGGCUCGGCGACGCCGGCAGAGGAGUCGACGUGUCUGCGCUGCACGACCUUCGGAAGGUUUUAACUGUCGUAACAAUGCCACGGCUAAGCGGUGGUCGCGAAGCGCUUGCUGAGAAGCGACAGCUCGAAUGGGAAGCAGCUUUGGAGGCAGUCAUACGAAAUAUAAAUUCUCCAUCGCCUACUCAACAAAAACCGCCAAUAGUUCAAAUUGUUAUUUAUGAAUCAUCUGUUUGAAUGAAUCGUAUAUGUCAUUAGUAUUUGUCUCAGCGCAGCUCAGCCGCAGCUACGCCUAUUUUUGGAACGAUACAAUCAAUAUGUAUCUACUAACUUAUAUAUAGAUACUAGCUUUCCACUUGCGGCUUUGCCCGCGUAAUCACAGGAAAGAUGGAGCCGGGGUUUUCCGCGCAUGCUCCCGUUCCCGUGGGAUUUCCGGAAUAAAACUUUCCUAUGUCCGUCUCCUGGUUCUAAGAUACUUUUGCAUAAAGUUCCAGCCAAAUCACUUAAUCCCUUCUUAAGUUAUAAGUAGUGUAACUAACACCCUUUUUCUUUUAUAUAUAUAUGUAGAUUUCUGGUCUUUUUUAAAAAUCUAGUCACUAUUUAAAUCAAGCCGUUAAGCUUUCAAAUGUGUUGAUCGCGUGAAGGCUUACGCUUUGAUGACUAAAGAUUUUGCUAUUUUAAGAUUACAAUGGGUCUAGUUGUUGCAAUUUUCCAUUUUUAAAACUGCCCUUUGACGUAACAAUUAAAAUUACAAAUGUGUACAUAAUAUUAUAGCAAUUAAAUAAUUAAGUGAACGAUGUGGAUUAUUUUUUGCAUAUUGAUUACUAUUCAAUAUUAAUUUAUGGUAAUUACUGUAAAUAAACCUCGAUUAAAAUUUAAUUAUGAGCGGACGUUGUAAUAUAAAUAUAAACUUUGUUUUGUUCCCUUCCGCAAUAAAUAAGUUCUUGGACUUGGAGCAGUUAUUUUACUUUGCUGUGUUAUUGUAUUACUCUGUGAAUGUUCGGCCGGUUUUCAUAAGGAGGAAGUACACUACGGAUUGGUACAUUAUAAAACUCAUGAACUUAUUGCGUGACUUUCUGAUAUUUAGUGAAUCGGAAACAAUGUUGCGACAAAUGACUUUUAGCUACGUUAAAUAUUCGCUCGAUGGAUGUAAUUAAAUGAAGUAGCUUAAUAGAUAAUACUUUCCUUUAGAUAAAUGGCUAUUGAUGUGACUGUCCUGAGUUAAAAUGAAAUAACGUAGGCUAUUUAUUAUUCUUGUAUUUCAUUAAAGAAUUGAGGCUUGUUUAUCCACCAAGUUAAUAAACAAAAUAAGGAGAAUAAUAACUUGUUACAGUAAAACAAUUUGAAUGGUUAUUCAAUCCCAAAUGGAGUAGUCUUUGUCAGUGUAAAUAGCGUUUUGCUCUAGGAAAAGAUUGACAGAUAGCGGUUUACUUUAAUAUUCUAGUCACAGAUUCGGUCAAGUAGACUGGGUAGCCGAUGUGUAAAGCAAUUGGAUCGAUAGCAGCACCUUCGGCAGCUGUAACAAGGAGCACAUUUGCUUAUUCUUACAUAUCCUUUGUGGAAGCCUUUUCCAAUACUUACGUAGAUGCUGACAUGUGUAAAUAAGUGUAUGCAUGAUAAACGGUUUUCAUGUGGUGGCUACGUGCUAAGGCCAACCGCAAAACCACAUACUGUAAGUAUGUUUUAAUAGCUAUUAGCUAAAUAAAAUUAAAUUGUCUGCUUAAAAGUAUUGUCUUCCAUGUAAUUAAUGCACCAGAAAAACCGUGGUAUUUAUUGUAUAAUGUAGAUAUAUAUUUA